AUGAAUACAAACGCAUUGCGGGCGUAUUUUAGGGCGAAAGGGGAAGAAAUUGGAGGUUUCGCGUAUCGGGCUAGGAUGCAUCGUCUUUUUACUGAGCUGGAGCCAUCUAUUACUGUCACCGAGCAAAACCUGGCAGACCGAGUUCGGUAUAUCUUACGCUUAAAUAUAUUUGAUGGCGCCGAACUCGAACGGCUACGACGUGAGGCUGUUCCCUCAUCAAAUGAAAACGCUACGACUGAGGGUGCGGUGCCACAAGUUGCAGAACAACCCGCACACGUGGAUGCCGCCGUGAAUACCCCAGUGGUUGCUGAUUCAAAUGAUGAUGGAACAUUCACCCAGGAACUAGAAAUAGAGCAAAUGAAAAAAUAG